CACGAACACAUCUUCGCGACGAUGGUCAGUUUGCGAGGCAAAGACAAACAACAAGACCAUGUGAGUGCCAGCCAGUGAGUGCGAGUAAACAAAAAUUAAACAAAAAAUGACGUCGACAGCGGACUUAGUUACCGAAUCGGUGGGCGAUUUGACGGCCAAAAAUGAAAAAACAUUCAAGGAAAUGAGUUUUGGGGAAAAAUUGGGGUACAUUAAAGAAGUAAUAACGGUGGAACCGUUAAUAGCCGCGUAUGUGAUGUCUUCAUUGCUUUGCGGGCCGGCCUUGUGGAAUUUGGAGUUUGAAAAGUCCUGCAGGGUAAAUUUGGCCUACAACGAUACCGUUUGUGAUGAAAUUUUGACUGGAUCGCAGAACGAUUGGCCGGAACAAAACAUACAAAUACAGACGUUAAUAGCGAAUAUGCACUCAUGGCAGUCCCCUUUGCAAACCGUAAUGCCUUUAAUUCUGAUAUUAUUUUUGGGAUCAUUUAGUGACAGAUAUAAAUGGAGGAAGCCUUUUCUCAUUGUCCCUUUGAUAGGAGAGUUAUUUGCAGUGGUUGGUUGCAUUUUGUGUGUGGUUUUUAUGAAAUCGUGGCCUUUGGAGGCCCAGGGCAUAUCGCAAACUGUCAUCCCCUCGUUUUUUGGGGGUCAAACUAUGGUGGUGAUGGCCUCGUUUGCCUAUAUAGCCGAUGUCAGUACUCUUGAAAUGAGAACUUUGCGUAUAGGCAUAGUGCAAAUCGUCCUUAACGCUUGCACUCCUUUUGCUCACUCCUUCAGCGGCAAGUUAUUUGAAAUAAUUGGAUAUUAUGGGAUUUUGUUGAUUGCGGCCGGAUUUUACACCUUUGGCAUCCUCUACGGAUAUUUCUGUAUAAAAGAACCAAGGACGCCAGUUAAGAGUAAAAAUGGGAUUUUAAGGGAUAUUUUUGAUCCCACCCACGCCAUUGACACAUUAAAUUUAUUAGUGAAAAAGGAAAAGGGGAACAACAGAGUCUAUAUUCUUUUGAUGAUGAUUAUUAUGUUUGUUUUCAGUGGAGUAAAUGUAGGGGAAGGCAGUGUAUUUUUCCUGUAUGUGCAAAGCGUUUUUUCCUGGUUGCCAACUGAUUUCAGCUACUUUAUAACAGUAAAUACAUUAAUUCAUUUAUUUGGAACGUUAGCGGCUGUAUGGCUUUUUACCAAAGUAUUUCAACUCGACGAUCUAAUAAUUUUAUUUCUGACUUUUAUGGAUAAAAUCAUUGCAAACUUUAUUUUUGGAUUUGCUAAUACAGCAACAUUGCUAUACGUAGCUGCCUUUGUUAGCGUAAUUACAGGAGUAUCUUCUAUAGCUAUAAGGUCAAUAUCAACGAAAAUAGUGGCUGAAACCGAUAUUGGUAAAGCUAACUCUUUGUUUGGCAUAGUCGAAGCCGUAGCAGCUGCAGUAGCUACCACCAUUUAUAGUAUUGGAAUCUACACACCCACCAUAGAAGUGUUUCCAGCAAUGUUCUUUUUCUUCGGAGUACUCGUCUUUUUGUUAUGCAGUGUUGUUAUAAUAGGAAUGUAUAUAAAUGAUAGAAGAAAGGAAGGAAGCGUAGCUCAAGAACAGCAAACGUCAAAAGAAAAAGCGAUGCAAAUGGAGGAAUUACAAGUAACUCAUAUAUAAAGUGUCCCUUUAUAAACAUAGCCAUAUCUACAGGCAUAGUUAAUAUUUUUAUAUUGUUGUAUAGUUAUAGCCUAUAACUUAUAGGUUAAGGGUUAAAGUAAUAAAGGGACGGAUCCAGAAAAAAAUCUUGUGGGGGAAUUCAUUUUUACCUAAAUCUUGAGAUAAUGUUAUAUGGAUACAGAGAUGGGAAAGUUACUUCUGAAAAGUAUCUAGUUACUUUUCUAAGAUACUUUAAACAAAAUAACUUAGUUACCUCGGGUAACUAGAAUGUUACUAGAUUUUACUAGAUACUUUAAGUUAAAAGUAUCUUUAGUUACAAGAUACUUUAGAAAGUAUCUAAGAUUCUAAGAUACUUUUGAGUAACUAUGUUACUUUUAAGCAUGAAUAAAAUCUAUAAAAUUAUGAAAAUUCAACAAGUUGUAGGUUAGGUAAUUACUUUGAAUCAUUCUGGACUUCCCCCAAUUUUCUCUAAGAAAGUAUAACUGAAAAGUAUCUAAGUUACUUUAAAAAGUAUCUUAGUUACUAGUCACUUUAAAGUAAUUAAAUUACUUGAAUGGAUCUUAGUCACUUUACCGGGUAACUUUUUUAGAUACAAGUUAGAAGAUACUUUUCCAAAGUAACUAAGUUCGAGAUACUUUCUGUCCAAUAUAAAAAGUAUCUAAGUUACUUUUAAGUAUCUUUUUUUCAAGAUACUCCCAGCUCUGUUUGGAUACUAAUACUAAUUCAGGGUACAGUUUAUUUUUUUAUUCAACACCCAUUUCAUUUCUUAACAUUAACUGGUGGGCGGCAGCAUUUCAGAAAAAAAGUGAGAUUAAAACUGCUUCACAUCAUAUAAAAUAUCAAAUAAAAUUGGCUUUAAAUUAUGUGCGACUAUUGGUCAAAAGAGGAGAUUCCACUCGCUACGGUCGUGCGACAAACUCCACGCUCGAGGAAUCUCCUCUUUCUCCCACUAGUCGCACAAUAUACUUUUGUUUUUAUGUUUUUUCUGAUAUCCUGGGCCAACUUUUCUAAUUUGAUUUAAUUCGCAUUUUUUUCUCAGUACUUAAGCUGGGGAUUCCCCCAUUUCCCCCUGGACCCUUCUUAACCUUCUUAAAUAUUAUAGGUUUAUCGAUUUAUAAAUACUUAAUUUAAUAAAAC